AUGAAUACGUCGCAGGCGGGUUACUUCGCGAAGCAGGGGCUGAGCAUGCUGUACAAUGCGACUGUAACGAGCGUGAGUGCGAUUGCAACGGGGAUAAACAAGGCGUACCAGACGUACACGGACUACUACGAGCGAGACCAGAUCGAAGCUCUUAAGAAAUCCGGCAAGCGACCAGCAGACAACCUAUAUCUAGUGCUGCAGCGCUUCCAGUAUCUCUGCAUGGCUGGUUACGACAACGAGCUUGCGGCUGCCGCCCAGAAAGCAGCUACCAAGCUGACGGCAGGAGAGAAGAGUUCCGUGGCUCUUGAAACUCUACUGCUGCUGACCCGGGUGCUGACGUCAGUGUCGCAGCGGUACGGCGAGCAGUCGGGGCAGGGAUGGGGGCUGCAGGACUUUCUGAACUCGUCUCGCAUGGGCAAGGACCACUUUGACCGCGACCAGCUCGUCAUUGACUUCUACUUCGCCAUCCUCCUCGUGCAGGACGUGUGUGGGGGACCCGGGCCGCAGUUUGAGCAAGCCAUUCGCGAGGCGACAGGGAGGCUGGUGGAGGGGGAUAAAUACGUGGGCGAGGGAGGGGGGUUCUCUGGCGGCGGUGCUGCCUUCGGCGGUGCUUCCUCCUCCGUGCCCUCCUAUGCCGCUGUGCCAUCAGCCAGCGCGCUGCCUGCUGAUCAAGACCCCAAGAAGAAAGCGAUGAAGGUGGUGCAGGUGCUAUCCCAGGCCGUGCGGAAGGCAGCAGAGGAUGCGGACGGGCGCAAGCAGCGGUCGCUCAAAGAAGCAGAGGACAUGCUCCGACGCGAAAACGAAAAAGCAGCUGCUGCCGCCGGCGUGGCCUAUGCCGGACCUCCUGCCAAGCCUCUCAGCAGCUUCGGCGGCGGAGCCUCGGCAGCAGCUCCGGUGGGCGGGUAUGGGUCGGCGGGUGGUAUGGCGGCGAAGCCUAGCGGUGUGUCGGCUUGGAGUGGGGGGAGUGGGGCUGCUGCUGCUGCGCCCAGCCCUUGGGGUGGGGGAGGGGGAAGUGCGUUGGGGGGACCGGUAGGGGGAACGAUGGGUGGAGGUGGAGCAGGGGGGAGCGCGUGGGGAGGUGGGAGUGCGGGUGUGGGAGGGGGAGGGGGUUUUGGGGGAGGUAGUGGUGGUGGUGGUGGGGGGUGGGGGGGGGGUGCUUCGACAGGAGGGGGAGGGGGGGCGUGGGGGGCAGGGGGGGGGCAGGCAGGGGGGAGUGCAGGGGGUUGGGGGGGAACGACAGGGGGAAGCACAACUGGAGGGAGUUCUGGGUGGGCUGCCCAAUGCACUGCUUCCGCUUAUGCGCUCCCCUUCACUCUCCCCUUCAUUCUCCCCUUCACUCUCCCCUUCACUCUCCCCUCCACUCUCCCCUUCACUCUCCCCUUCCCUCUUGCCCAACCAAUGCACUUAUUCCGUAUUUCACUCGUCUCAUGCCAUCCCCCUCUCUCCCUUCACUUUCCCCUCAUUCUCUCCCUUCUCCCCUUCACCCCCCCCUCAUGCUUUCCCCUUCACCCCCCCCUCAUGCUUUCCCCUUCACCCCCCCCUCAUGCUCUCCCCUUCACUCUCCCACAUUCUGCUGCGACUUUUCUCUCUUCUUCCACCUCUGCUCCUGCUGCAUCUGCUGAGCUGCCCAUCCUUCACUAA